CUCUUUUCAUGAGAAAUUGUUAUAGACAACUCUGAAAAAAAAAAUCAAUAUUAACACAUCACACGUUGUCACAUUUCGAUGCUCUUCUUUGACAUAUGAAAACUCCAAUACUGCUAAUGAGGUCUAGCCUAAUGGAAAAAGGUCUUAACUUAAACACUAGUUGUCUAAUGUUCGAACCCCCAUGAUACUUUAGUAGUGUGUGUAUAAGAAACCUCUCUCCCCUUGACUCAAAUACUCAUCAAAUAAUAAAUCACAACUAGAAAAAGAAAAAAAGAAAAAGGUUAGUACAGUAAUUUAGUAUUUCACAAUAAUAAAAUCAAUAAAUAAUGAACCCACAAAAAAAAAGGAAAAUUAAGGCCCAAGUAAUUAAGCAAAGGUAACGCUUGAGUGAGUCAGUGAGUGAGUGAGUGAGAGAGGGAGGAGAGAGGAGAAAAAGAAGAUGACAUGCAGCCGCUUUUGCGCUUGUCGUAGCCUCAAUUCAUGGUCAUAGCCUCUCUACUCUCUCUCUUAAAUUUUGAUGGGGAUUUGAUACUUUUUCCCAUCUCUUUCUCUCUCAAUUUCUCUCACUAAACUCCCUCUGCCCCUCUCUUAACAAUUGGAGGAAGAAGAAGAAGCAGCAGAUUAUGAGCCCUCUUCGAAUCUCCAUUCACUGCAUCUUCGGGUCCUGAAAGGAACAGAGAGAAAAGGAAAGAGAGAGAUUGAAGUCAUGGAUUCGUUGGCUGUGUGGCAGAAUUUCAAGCGUCUUUUUCUUGGUUCACAAAAGUUGGGCUCUUUGUGGUAAUGUGGAGGCUGGACUGCUUGUUAUUCAAUAACUAUGGCCACGGAUUCUUCAUCUGAUGGACUUGCACUUGAUCAGUCAAAAAGCAGUAAGUUAAGUGUGGAGAAAAAGAGAGAGCUUGUAUAUGAAAUAUCAAAGUGGUCACACGGUGCCUGUGAAUUGCUACAGUCAUGGAGCCGUCAGGAGAUUUUACAGAUCCUAUGUGCAGAAAUGGGGAAAGAAAGGAAAUAUACUGGCUUGACAAAAGUGAAAAUAAUAGAGCACCUUCUGAAAGUUGUGUCUGAAAGGAAACCAGGGGGAAAUGAGGUUUCUACAGACCUUAAACCACAAUCAUCUGAUGCACCUGGCCAAAGAACUGCCAAAAGGCAGAGGAAAACUGAGAAUCCAUCUCGACUACCUGUUCCAGAAAACAGUAUUUCAAUCAAUAGUAGUGGGAGUGACUUAGCUAAUACUACGUUCUGCAAAAACUCAGCUUGCAGAGCUACCUUAAAUCGAGAAGGUGCAUUUUGCAAGAGGUGUUCAUGUUGCAUCUGCUAUCAGUUUGAUGACAACAAGGACCCGAGCCUUUGGUUGGUUUGCAGCUCGGAGCCGCCAUUCCAGGGUAAUUCGUGUGGCAUGUCUUGCCACCUUGAGUGCGCUUUAAAACGUGAAAGUUGUGGUAUUGGCAAAGAGGGAAGACGCAGGGGACUUGAUGGGAGCUUUUACUGUGUAUCUUGCGGCAAAGUGAAUGAUUUGCUCGGAUCCUGGAGGAAACAACUAGUGAUGGCAAAGGAUACCAGACGAGUGGACAUACUGUGCUAUCGUAUCUUCUUGAGUCAUAAGCUUCUCAGAGGGACUGAAAAGUAUCAAAAACUUUAUGAGAUUGUGGAUGAAGCUGUGAAGAAGCUUCAAGCUGAAGUGGGUCCAUUAACAGGCUUACCAUUAAAGAUGGGUCGUGGUAUUGUUAACAGGCUUUCUUCUGGACCAGAGAUUCAGAAACUUUGUGCAUUUGCUGUGGAGUCACUGGAUUCAAUGCUUUCCAAUGCAAUGUCGCAUCCAUUGCCCAAGCCUACAAGACAAGAUCUAAGUUUGAUUCCUCCACACAUGGUUAGAUUUGAGAAUGUCCAUGCUACAUCCCUCACUGUGGUUUUGGGUUCCGAAUAUCCUCCCCUAGAAAAUAUAGCAGGUUACAAGUUAUGGCACUGUAAGGCUGAUGAUAUGAAUUAUCCAGCGGAACCCACGUGCACGCUGUUUGCACCGAAGAUGCGGUUUGUUGUGACUGGACUAAUUCCAGCUACAGAGUACUGUUUCAAAGUCACUUCGUUUCAUGGUACAAGACAUUUGGGCAUGUGUGAAGUUCGGCUCUCCACAAGUACUGCUGGAGAUGAAGUCCCUAAUUGUUCAGUGACAGAGAGAAGUCAGAGCCCAGCUACCAACUGUAGCAGCCUUUCUAAUCCUUCUUCAGUGGAAGAUGAAACUAAUAAUGCUAUUCCAUAUGGUGAUCAGGCUGAUAACCGAGCAGACAAUUAUCUUACUUAUUGCAAGGACACUGACAAAACUGUUUCUGCCAAUAUAUCAAAUGAUGCUAUCAACUGCAAUAGCAUGGGCGGAGGACCUACAGCAGAUGCAAUUUCUUUGUUGGAUGAGGAACAAGCCAAUGGGAUGGUUGGCUCUGUAUCUAAUUCGGAUGUCCUAAAACGUGAGUGCAAGCAAUCAACAGAGGGCCAAAUCAUCGAAGACAUCAGCACUGAUAAUGGAUCAAAUUCCCCUGUUCGAACUGGAAUGGAAUGUGUACCAUUUGUUGGUAGCUCCGAGGCUGGCUUGCCGAUCACUCCUUGCAAAAUCGAAACACUCAAAGAUGGGCUAGGAAGGAAUGAAAAAUCCAAUUCCAGUAGCAAGGAUUUAAAAAAUGUGACUGGGAAAGAAGUGGAGCCCCAAGAUGGCAGCACAUCGAAGAAGAGAAGUGGGGAAAGGCAAGAUGAGGAGUGUGUGGCAAAUGGUGUUUCAAAUAGGGACUUUGAGUAUUAUGUGAAGGUUAUCAGAUGGUUAGAGUGUGAGGGACAUAUCGAGCAGAAUUUCCGGCAGAAAUUUCUGACUUGGUAUAGUUUGAGAGCUACCCCUCAGGAGGUAAGGAUUGUGAGAGUGUUUGUAGAUACCUUUAUUGAAGAUCCUGCAUCUCUUGCAGGGCAACUUGUUGACACCUUUUCUGAAAGUAUUUCAUGUAAGAAAUCAUCUGUUGUGCCAAAUGGGUUCUGCAUGAAGCUUUGGCAUUGAUUAUCCUCUGUUAGGGUUGUUGGUAUAAGUUAUUAAGAGUGCCUGCAGCAGCAAUUCAGUUGGAUCUCCUGGCAAUGUCAUUAUUGUCCAUCAUCAAUUAUAUUACCAUCCUCAUUUGCCAUUCUUAUGAUGUAAAAAUGCUAGAUUUCAUUUCUUAUUUAAAUCCAGUUUCGGCGUCAUUCAUGGAUAUGCUGUUUCUGCUAGCAAUUUUUUCAGCAAUAAAUAGCAGUUGUAUCUAUCAAUAUGUAUGCUCUUGGACCAUCAAUGAUGAUUGGUUGACUGUUUAUUUUAAUAAUAGAUUGUCUAUUCUA